GCCCCAGUCUGCCGAAGAACGAUGUGAUCGUGGCGGUGAACUGGACCGGGGUUUACUUUGUGGACGAGCAGGAGCAGGUCCUUCUGGAGCUUUCCUUCCCAGAGAUCACUGCGGUGUCCAGCAGCAGGAAAGCCUGUGAUUUAAAUGACAUCCCGUCUCUCAGAGGGGGAAAGCUGCAGGGCCAGAGCUUCACGUUGGCCACGGUGAAAGGAGACGAGUACACGUUCACCUCCAACAACGCUGAGGACAUCAGAGACCUGGUGGUGGACUUCCUGGAGGGUCUGAGGAGGAGGUCUAAGUACGUGGUGGGACUGAUCGACUGCCCCAACCCUGUAGGCGCGGUGGACUCCACCUUCCUGAGUUUCUGUAAGGGGGAUCUGAUCAUCCUGGACGAGCACAGCGGGGAUCAGGUGAUGACGUCGGGCUGGGCUCACGGGAUCAACGACCGCACGAAGCUGAGAGGAGACUUCCCUGCUGACUGCGUGUACCUGCUGCCCAGCCUCACCAGGCCGCAGUACGACAUCGUG